UCAUCAUUUACAUAUAUGCCACCCCCUCCUCUGACCCUCUCUAACCCACUAACCACAAUGCCGCUCACGAUCUACGAGUCCGAGCUCCCUGCGCCCUACCUCCCCCAGAUCUCCAUCUUCGACUACAUCCUCCCCGGGCUGCAGGGCGUGUCGCCGCUGCAAGAGUUCGACCCGUCUCUCCCGGCAUUCAUCGAUGGCAGGGACGGCACGACGCUGACGCGCGCCGGGCUGCGCGACCUCGCGCUCCGGCUCGCGGGCGGCUUGCGUGCGCUGGGGAUCAGGCGCGGCGACGUCGCCGGCGUUUGGGGAUACAACUCGCUCGAAUGGGUGAAUGCCGCAUACGGAUGUUUGGCCGCGGGUGUGGUCGUCAGCCCUGCGAACUAUGCCUACGCCCCCGCCGAAGUCGCACACCAGCUCAACGACUCGGGCUCCUCAGCUGUCUUCGUCGACCCCGAGCUCCUCCCGAACUUUGAGAAGGCGCGCGAACACCUCUCGCGCCCGCUCCCCCCUUCCCGCGUCAUCCUCCUCUGCCGGCCGGAACACAAACCCGCGAACUCGCCCUACAAGUGCCUCGCCGAGAUCCUCGCCGACCCCGUCGAGCCCGAACACUUUGACGGCGUCGCCUCGAACGAAACAGCGUGGAUGUCGUACAGCUCCGGCACGACAGGCUUGCCCAAGGGCGUGAUGACGACCCACUUCAACUUCACCUCGCAGCUCCAGGCCAACAACUGCAGCUACCACUUGGACUGCGGCCCGAACGGGGAUGUCGUCCUCGGCUUCCUCCCCAUGUCGCACAUCUACGGCCUGACAAUCUCGCUCCUACAGCCGCUGACGUUCGGCGCGCCCGUCGUCGUCCUCCCCCGCUUCGACGAGAUCCCCGUGCUCGAAGCCAUCCAGAAAUACAAGGUCACCCACGGCCUCCUCGUGCCCCCGCUCAUCCUCCGCUUCCUCCACUCCCCCAAUACGGCCAAGUACGACAUCUCGUCCAUGCGCACGAUCAUGUCCGGCGGCGCACCGCUGUCGCCCGAGCUCGCGGCGGCGUUUGAGAAAAAGUUCCCUGGGUGCGUGAGCAUCCAGGGGUACGGGAUGACGGAGACGACGCCGGGGAUCACGGCGAUGAAGCGCGCCGACGUGCUCGCCGGCGGCCGGCAGGGGUGGGUCGGCCGCCUCCUCCCGACGUACCAAGCGCGCCUCGUGCUGCCUGACGGCACGGAUGCGGCGCGCGGCGCGCCCGGCGAGCUGUGGGUGCGCGGGCCGAGCGUCAUGAAGGGAUACCACAACAACGCCGCCGCGACGGCCGAGACGAUGGCGCUCGGCGGCUGGUUCCGCACCGGCGACGUCCUCGUGCGCGACGAACACGGGUGGUACAAGGUCGUGGACCGCGUCAAAGAGCUCAUCAAGUACAAGGGCUUCCAGGUCGCGCCGGCCGAGCUCGAGGCGCUCCUGCUCACGCACCCGCGGCUCGUGGAUGCCGGUGUGGUGGGGGUGUACGAUGCCGCCGAAGUCACGGAGAUGCCGCGCGCGUACGUUGUUGCGGCGGAGAGCGUGGGGAAGGGCGAGUACGAGGCCCUCGUGAAGGACGUGCAGGCGUGGGUGGCGGCGCGCGUCGCGCAGCACAAGAAGCUCCGCGGCGGCGUCGUGGUUGUCGACGCAAUCCCCAAGUCCCCCAGCGGCAAGAUCUUGCGCAAAGAUCUGCGCAAGCGCGCGCAGGCCGAGUAUGAGAGCAAGGCGGCGGCGAGGUUGUAGCGGGUGUGAUGAGGAGUGUGGUAGUGGCACAGUGGCGCAGUCGCACAGUUGUAGCAGUUUGGGAAGGGAUGCAUGGG